GGGACCUGUGGGCAGGUGAAAUGGCAUUUUUGCAGCAGCAAGGCGGUAAGGGAGGAUGGAUUUUGUCUUCUGAACAACAACAGAUGCUUUCUGACUGAAGCAUGGAGUACGUGAGCAGGACUUGUAGGAAGAGGAUUAGAAUGGUGGGUGGAAGGGGGAGUCUGCGAUUUAUUUGGCAGGAAACCAUUGAUGGUUUGGGGGCUGGGAAGGAUGUGAGUGUGAAGCUAUGCUUUCAGAAGCUUAACGUGGCAGCAGUCAGUAUGGACUGGGAUAGGAAAGGACAAAGGUGGGGAGACUAGUUGGGGUCCAGAGAAGAUGUGGGGAAGAGUGGGACUUCAGGGGAGGGCCGCAGGAAUGGAAAGGACAAAUGAAGACAAGAGGCAUUUCAGAGACAAAGUUAGUAGAAUUUUGGAGACCAGUUGAGCCAGAGAUGAGAGGUAAACAGGUUUUCGAGUCUGAGGCACUGGGUGAAUAGUGAUAACAAAUAUAAAAUUGCAGAGGAAGGACCACAUUUGGGAGAAAUCAAGAGUUCAUUUGGAAAUGCAUUUAGUAGUGAGGUCAGAGCUGUCCCUUCAAAAGUAAUGCACAUCCAGGUGGUCAUUACGAGUCUGAGGUUUGGAUCAUAUUGCCCAGUGGGAGAGAGAACCUCUCGAGGGCUGGCUGUGAAAAGACAUAGGUCAAAAGAAUGGUAGGAACAAAGAAAAAAGUUAUCUGCAGCAGAGAACACUUGCAUGUAUGGAAAACUAAAAGCAGUGUGUGAUUUCAUGUUAUUGUGUAGCUCGAUCCUAUUAAUUACUCCCAAAUUGGUUAUGAUUUCUUCUAGAUCUGAAAUAUUUUACAGACCAUGCAUGAGGAGUGCUCCCUAUGGGACCCUGCCUGGAAUAUUGGGAACCUGGUGGGAAGACCCUCUCCUCAUCUGAGCCGGUUCACUCACCAGCCCCUAGACAUGCUCGGGACUGGCUAGCCUGCUUGCUCUUCCUCUGCCCUUCUAUUCAAAUCAUAACUCUUUCUUUAAUUCCCUGCUUAGAUCCCAUCACUGAAUCCUUGAUAAAUCACAGCUGAAAAUGACCUUUGCUGUCUCCUCUGUCUCGCAGACCUUAGUGUAGGUCCCGGGGACAGCCAGCUGCUGACCAAAGGUAGAUCAGGGCUGAGACUAGGCCCACCUUAUUCAUCUUUGCAUUCCAGGGACCUAGUGUAUUGUUUUUUGUUUUUUGUUUUUUGUUUUUUUCCACCAGUAAAUGUUAGUGUGAACUGUAAUGUCUCCAACUAGUUCUUAAUCUCCUCGAGGACUGCAGAGAUUAAUGCUUUUUUGUAUUUCCCACACUCUUUUGGAUGUGGUAUCUACGUGGAACUGGUUGAUUAAAGGCUGUAUCAUCAGAAAGUUUCCUUUCCUCUUAGGGGGCCCUGCAUCUUGCAGCUGAAUCUUGUAUCCACCAUCGGAAGUGUGUGGAUGACUUUGAAGUUGCUUCUAAAGCCUGUACUUAUCCUCGUGGCCUGAGGUACCUUUCUGGAUGCCCAGGGCAGAGAGUGCCCUGCACGGUCAGCUAAGGGUGACUGGGCUAGACUUCCUUCCGUUCUGUGGUCUCCAAGCUGACAGUGAGCAUGUGUGGCUGCUCUUGAGAUAUUGAAUAAACUGGGAAGAAGAGAGAAAUAAUUGGAAAAUAUUUAAAAUAUGCUUUUCCCUGGGAGAAACAGCCCUGAACAUAGCACGGAUAGGUGCUGUAGGCUGACAGCAACACACAGAGGCCAACCUCUAGAGUCGGCAUCUUGUUCUGAAGGCCUGUGCUGGCUGCAAGGGAAAUGAAGAGAAAGGAAAACACGUUGCCUUGAAUCUCCAUGGAAGGUUCUGUGAAGGAGGCACCAUGGCAUCCAGAUAGUCCCCCAGGGGCUCAUCAAGUUCUAAGAAGUACCAUGGGGCUCCUCGGAGAAAUCACGUGCACUGGACAUUUGUAACCAUUCUAAGGGAUUUAGGAACAUUAUUUUACAUUUUAAAUGAUUACCAUGAGUUACAGUUGUUAUUUUUGCUUUUCAUGCUGCAUUGUCAAUGGCAUCUGGAUUUAUUUGAUGCCAAGUUCAUGGUCAGGAAUAGAUGCCUGAAUAACCGGUUCAAACUGGUGCUACGGGGAGUCCAGCUUGGUUUACAUCAGUUCACCCCCAUGCUGGAGUUGACAGAAGAGCUGUAGGAGAUGGCGAUAGUACCUAGAAGAGCCAACCGAUGCCGGGCGCUGUUCUAAGUGUUCUCCGUGUGUUAAUAUAUUUCAGUCUGAACAACCUAUGAGAAAUGAACACACCUGAGUAUGCUAGAUGCCCGUGACCUCUCCGAUCCCCCAGGGACUUUGGAAAGACUCGAAGAAGGAAGGUGGCAGAGUGGUGGACUCUGAGAACAAGCUCCUCCCCCUCGGCCUUGGCCUUCCUGUCCACAGUCCACCAUGGAGACGCUCUCCCAAGAUUCUUUGCUGGAAUGUCAGAUCUGUUUCAAUUACUACAGCCCCCGGCGAAGGCCCAAGCUGCUGGAUUGCAAACACACGUGCUGCUCGGUGUGCCUUCAGCAGAUGAGGACGAGCCAGAAGGACGUGAGGUGCCCCUGGUGUCGGGGCAUCACCAAGCUGCCCCCGGGCUUCUCCGUGUCCCAGCUCCCUGACGACCCCGAGGUCCUUGCCGUCAUCGCCAUACCGCACGCCUCUGAGCACACCCCAGUCUUCAUCAAACUUCCCAGCAAUGGGUGCUACAUGCUGCCCCUGCCCAUCUCCAAGGAGCGAGCGCUGCUGCCCGGAGACAUGGGCUGCCGCCUGCUGCCCGGGAGCCAGCAGAAGUCCGUCACCGUGGUGACCAUCCCGGCCGAGCAGCAGCCUCUGCAGGGCGGGGCUCCGGCCGAGGCGGUGGAGGAGGAGCCAGACAGGCGGGGCGCGGUGAAAAGCUCCACCUGGUCCGGGGUGUGCACUGUGAUCUUGGUGGCCUGCGUCCUGGUCUUCCUUCUCGGCAUCGUGCUCCACAACAUGUCCUGCAUUUCUAAGCGCUUCACUGUGAUAUCCUGUGGCUGAAGAGGGCUGCGGGGAAGUCUCUUGUGGGUGCCAACUAGGGGUUGAGCAGGUGUUGAUGAUGGAUCGCGCUGAGAAGAUGGGGGGCCACGCUGAUCAUUGGGUGCUGAGUGCUGGCCUCUGGGCUGCCACUUGAUUAACGGAAGACAGACACGGAGGGCAGAACGUGAGGUCUCAGCAAGAUACCAGGCGGAGCGCUCUGAUUAUUGGGGGCCACAGCUUCGAAGACGACUGCAUGCAUCCUCAUAGUCAUGUAUUAAAUGGACUGUAAUCUAUGAUUUCUCAAAAUCAUGUUACGAGAUAGACCUAUUCUACUUAGAUGUUAAACUGUGGAAGUGCAUACAAUGUGAUCUUCUCUAAAUGUGGUAGAUUAAAACAAAGAUGUUAUGUAUACAAGUAGAAUUAAACCUGAGAAUCCAUGUAAAAAUUCAGCGACGACAUGCAGUGCUGGUUUCUUUCCUUUUUUAAAAAAAUGAAAUCCAGUCUUCAUUUAGUUGCUAAGGCUUUUUCUACUUUUUGAAUGGCACCCAAAUUAAAAUAAGUUAAGUGGACAGUUGUUUUUUCAGGAAAACAUUUGCACAAGUGUUUCCAGUGUGUUGUGUUUUUCACGUACCUUCAUUUUUCUUCCCUUGUAAUUAGAGCUUGCUAUGUGUUUAUUAAACUGAAAGCCCAACAGGGAAGCAAUAAACUGAGUAAUUAUGAGAAAUACCUAGUCCCACAGGAAACCUACAUGCCAAUUUUUCUCAAGCCAUCUCACAAAAUAAGAAUUUUAAAUGUAAAUAUUGUGUAUCUGUGUGUGUGUGUGUGUGUAUAAUUUGAUUUACCUCAGGUUUCUAAUCUUUUUAGAAGAAUCCUGGGAGUAAGACUUUGUGAGCUGAGUGAGUCCGAGGUCUGAAGUGAUGACCACCUCACGGGCACUGGGACCCACCCUAUGAGGUGUCACUGGCAUGUCCCUUCCAAACUUGCUUCUCUUCUGUGUAUUCAAGUCCUAUAUUCUGUAAGGCACAAAUGGAGAAACAGAAGAUUCUGUCUUUUCUCCCAGUUUGGAUGUAUUGUAAGAGCCAUGCGUGUUGGUAAACGAUAACAAACUUGGACUGGCAUUUUCAGACAGUCCAUGAUUAUUUUUUGAAAGAGAUUGUUCCACGGGAGUUAAACCAUUUCUAGUUCCAGUUUCCUCUUGUUGGUAUAAGUGAGACUAACUCUUAUAUUUCAAAAUAUGUUUUUAUUGAGAAAAAUGGCAAGGUGAACUAGCAACACACGUUCCCAAUUAAAUGGACCAGUUCAUCAUAAAUUCUCAAAUGUUCUUAAAUGUGUAAUGGCCUACAGAUGCUCAUGAAGGAAGAACUGCUGGUUUUAAAUGAUAAAUUUCUAUGCCUAAAUGUGUGUGCGUUCAGACAUAGCUGUGAGCUUUACAGUUCUCUUCUAGUUUCUUUUACGGAAUUCGUGAAGCAAGUGAUAUGUGCCAAGGCCCCCACUCAUAAAUAUGUCUGUUUAUGUUCCACUGAAUCCCUGAAAACAGGGGACAGAAAAAUAAGCAGUAACUGGCUCCCAAAAGUGAGGCUAGAAAUAGCCCUUCAGACUGAGAUAAUUUAAUUUACUUAUAUGCUCUUACCUUCAAGCAGCACAAAAUAUAUGCACAUUAAAGUGAUGGAGUUAAUGUGAGAUAAAAUGACAAUAUGAUGAAUAGAAUCCCAAGCUAACUGUUCAUUGACGUGAGGAUUUGAUAUACAAAUAUGAACUUGGGUUUUUCAAAUCUUUCAAAUUUGUCAUUAGACCUUUAGGAAAUGUAUUUGAAAGCUCAAACUAGAAAUUAGGUUAAAAUACCAUUUUAUUGUGUAAGCUAUUGGGCAUUAUACAACAAAUAAUCUUGGAUUUAUUUGGUAUUAAUAAUUUAGGUAUCAUAUUAGCUGAAUACUAUCCUCUAUUACGUAACCUAAUAUACUGUUGGGUUAGUUUCAAUUUCUCAAACUCUCCCAGGCUACCGUGAUGCAUGUCUGACCUAAUUUCUACUCCUCUUGGAAAAAAACCCCACAGAAAUGUUACAUUAAGAAUUCUACAUUUCAAAUGGACUUUACCCUUGCACUAUUAAGUCAUGCCAUAUUCAAAUUAAUUUUGUGAAUGAUAUCUACAUAUGUUUAUGUCCGGUAUAAAAUGACCGGCCCUGGAGUGUAGUGUGUGAUAGAAUUCUACAUGGUCUGUAGGUUACAUAUAGACACUAACAUAUGUGAUGAUACAGUGCCCUGUGUUUCUUAGUGCAAAGCCGUAGAGUACAAAUGUCCACAUACCUUUUACUUAAAAACAACCCCGUGCUAGAGCUGCAAUUAAGCAGUGCAAAAUUAAUCGGCUCUAUGAUAGAUUCUUGAUGUUACAAUUUAAGAUACAAUAACAACCAAAAUCAGAAUUUUUUGUCAGUCUUACUGAUAUAAGAACCAUUGUUUAAGUGGAUUCUGCCUGCACUUAUUUAUUUGUGUACCUGCUUAUCAGGGUGUGCAAUCCUGCACGCGCGCACGCAUGUGUGUGCGUGCAUGUGUGUGUGAUGUCUCAGCCCACCAGAUAGAAUUUUUAUAGUCCUAAUGAUGUUUAAUGUUAUUAGGCAUCCCAUUGCUCUGGCCUCCUUGGCAUUGACUCAUGACACUAACAACUCCUCUACCCCAUGCAAUGCAAGUCCCGUGACACAAUCAGCCAGAAUUCACAGUUACGCAUCAGUGAAAAAACUCACAACUGAAGCACAGAAAGUUAGAGCUGAAAGCAACCUCUGGUGGCUUCAUUUUGUAGCUGAGUCCACUGAGGCCCCCAGAGGUGCAAGGCAGUUUGUCAUUCUGCAGCAAAAGGGGGACCAGGGCUUUGCACUGUGGUUUCCUCUUGCUGCUUCCUAGACCUGUCAGCAUCUCUGUCGGUCUAUGAUCUUUUUCAGGGUGGACGAAUACCCUCUACUAACUCAACUAUUGUUUAAGUUUUUUGGUUUUGUAGAUUUAUAUAUUCAUUUUAGUUAGCAUCUACCUCUCUGGGAAAUGAAAGGAGGGUUGAUUUAAGGAUGAGUAUAGACAGUUAAAGAGAACCGUGUGAUUUGAAUUUUUGUAAUUGCAAAAUAUUGGUUCCCUAACCUCCCACCCCCUUUUAGGGGGUAAAGGACAGUGAGUGUUGUGUAAAUAGUAAACUAUAAGAAGCAUGAAUUUUCAUCAUUGUUAAUGACCUUGACAUAAGCAAGAGAAUGCCGCAUAUGCUAAGUAGAGCCAAGUAUGCUAUCAAAAAGCAUUGUCUUUGGAAAAUGUUUGUAUAAUGACCUGGGGCAUAAGUUGUGAAAAGGGUUCUUAGUUCCAGUCAUAGUUUAUGCUCAGAAAGCUAUGAGGCAUUUCCUUUAGGAAUACAAUUAUGUUUAAUCUUGCACGUGACAUAAGAGUGGUUCCCUUGAAGGUUAAACUGUGUGCUGGUGCAACGCUUGGGAUCUUCUAGAUUGACACUGUUCAACAGAACUUUCUGUUAUGAUGGAAAUGUUCUGUAACAUAUGCUGUCCAAUACAGUAGCCACAUGGGCUGUUGGGCAGUUGAAAUGGGAUUAGUCUGAGUAAGGAAAAUUGGAUUUUGUAUUUUAUUUAAUUUAAAGUUAUUUAAAUAGAUGUCACUCACAUGAGGCUAGUGCCUAUUAUAUUGGACAGUGCACUUCUGGAGGGUUGUGCGAUGGAAUCUAGCAUCAAAGUAUUAACGGAGUAAACAGCGUAAAGUGAAGAAGACAGUUUGUGGUUUAGUAACAUGGCUUAAAAUUUUUUUUUCUUUUCUGAGCUUAAGAAAUAUAUGAUCUCAAGUAUGACAGUGAAAAUGCAUCGAUUGCCCUUUGGGGUUAUUACUUACUCUGGGCCAAGGAAUAAUCAACGAAGCUUAAAGAGUGCUUGAUAAAGCCCCUUUCUCUGGGAUCAUUAGCUGCAUGUGAAUCUGUUGUCCAAAAAGAGUAGUUAGACAGUAGCUCUAAAACGUUUGACUUGCAUGACCUGUACUGUGAAAUUGUGUUUAGGGUCUUGUGGCCAAAAAGUAAAUGUUACAGAAAAAAAAAAAAAGCCUGAUGAAAUCCCUCUUCACUUCCAGCAUCUUACCCAAAUGUCAUCACUGCGUUAGCAAGGUGUGAAAUACAAGAGCAAGCAUGUUUUGCAGUGUUCAUAGGGAGUGCUUUUGUUUGCCCUUGGAAGUCUGCCAGCUCAUCAUUGUAUUAGGGGUGGGCAUAGGUGGGCAUCAUUUUUCAGAUGCCAGACUAACACAUAGGUACUAUUUUUAGAGUGAGAUUUGACAUUGUUUUAGUCUUGUUUGGUUUUUUUUUUUUAAGUUAUCACUGAAAGAAUCGAAGAUUUGAAGCCUUGCACAAAGACACUUUGUUUUACAUUAAAAAAAAUUGCCCAUGGAAUUUAAAGCCUUGAAGGUUAUUAAAGUUACUAAAAUUGCUUUUUAAGUGAGUAAAGGGAAGCAGAAAAUUCAAUUUGAGAUAUAUUUUCAUAGAAAGAUCAGACUCUUCCUAAUAGUACAGUAUUUAUUCCAGUCUAGAUUUUGAUUUAUAGAGUUCUCAUAGUUUUAUUUGAAAAGCUAUGCUGUGUCUAAAUUGGUUUGUCUACUUUUCAUUGUCUAAAAAUAAUGUAAACCAAAUGCAUUUGCUUCAAUUUAGCAUAAUUGGGUUGAUUUUUUUUUUAAAGAGAUCUUGUCAAUGGGCAGGACUCUUUAGUUUGUCCUUAAAAAUUGUUAAUUUUUUUUUUGCCCAGUGAUAGUUUUUCUUUAGACUUACGGGGAAAUUAGCGGUCCACAGUUAUUGGUAUGAGAGGAGUGAUAUGCCAAUGGUUUGAAUUUCUAUCUUCUCUUAGAAAAAUGAUGCUGCCAACUAGUCAGCAUUUUGUUUCCACACAAGACGUGUCAUCAGUCAGUUAAUGUCAUCCUUGACCUAGAAGAAGCUGUUCCGUACCAUUUCCAUCAUUCUCAGUAAAACGUUACCCACAAAGUAAUCCUUACUGAAACAGAAAUUCCAAAGAAGAAUGAGAGUCAAGAUAAUUCAGUAACCAUUUUGAAAGUGGUCGUCUAUUUCAAAAGUGAUGCUGAUAAGUUGCUGAAUUUUGUUAAACAUGAAACACUUCUAAAAAAAAUAAGUGGAAAUUCAAGCCAUUGAUUUUCCUGACACAGUUGAUUCACUGUAUAUAGAUAUAUAUCUGUAUCUAUACAUGUAUUUAGAUAUAGAUAUAUAUGUAGACACACGAUUUAGCUACUGAACCUAAAAAGAUCAAGUAGAAUGUUAUGUUCUCCAAUGGUGAGUAUAUAAUCUUGCAUUUAGAUGUUAAUUUAUCAACAAAUGCUAUCGGCUACAUCCAUUUUGCCAAACUAGCUAUCCUUGGGAGUGUCUACAUAACUAAGCUCUUGAGACUUCAAAUAAAUGAAGAGGUGGGUUCUACUAUGUACAUUUUGUUAGAAAGCCAUUGAUUGAAGAACACUAGUGGGUGGGGCGUUUCAUUUCUGUCUUCCAAAUGAGUUACUUUUUGGCUCGGCUCAAGUGGUCAAGGGUAGAGCACCAUUAUUCUUGAACUUUUGCAAUAUGGCUCUGAUUUUCCUGCACAAAUUUCCUUACACAGUCGGGCCAAUGAUUUUUUUUCUUUUUUCUUCAGGAUUCACUGCCUGGGGUAUCCCACUAUAUAUAUCUCACUUAUGAUGUAGUGGUGCUUGAAAACACUCGUCAGCUAGACUUUAUUCUUCUAGUCUAAGGUUUUUGAUACUAUUCAUGUUAUGACCUUUUUAGAGACAAUCAUUAAUAUUUGGGGCAAAGUACCGAGGGGUCUCAAGUCUGCAACAGCAUGUAUUUUCUUUGUUUUUCUGGGGGAUGUUCUUUCAUAGCUGUCCCUGUUCUUCUAGAACACUGCUAUAAAUUCAUCACCACGGGAUGUAGGGCUAGUAGCCCAUGUGGAAAGUCUUCUGUGGUAUCCCUGGGGUGUGUUAUUGGAUUAUUCUAACAAGAGUUUUCCAAAGGGAAGCUCAAUUUUUAAUUUGACAUUUGCUUUUUGAGAGUCCAGAGAUAGAUGGUCAGAUGUGAUGGUGGUGAAGGAGCAUGGACUGUAAGAAGGAGGAAAUAGAUGAGGCGAAUGCCCCUUAAAGGGGAAUGAGUUGAGAUAUUUACGCCAUCUCUAUUUAAACAGUGGGGGGACACAAUGGCUGGUGUCUUACACUGUGCUUCAGAAAAUUCCUGGUUGGAUUUUCCUGGCUGAGAGACAACCCAACUUUGAGGCAGAUCCUGUGGGGUAGUGGUGAAGAUGUGGCCUUGGAUUUAUAGCAACAGAUGGGCAGGUGUGCCCAGAGAGUGAGAAAACCUUUACAUAAAGGGAGGGAAAUCCAUAAUGAGAUUAUUGCUCCUAAACGAAGUAGACAGAAGCUAACGGCCAAUUGUGGCAGAAACCAGCUGAAGAAAGAAACACAGGACAGCUGGGAAUAACUUAGCCAAGCACAAUUCGUCAUUCCAGUAUGGCCCACCAAAUUCAGUUCAAGAGGUUUAAGCUGAAGACAUACAGGGAAUGUGAUCAGCUGAUGGGAGGGUCCAAGGAGGCCCUACUGAGUGUCAGCACAAAAGACAAUUUCAGAAUCUGUUCUGCAGUUGGUUGCUGGGUCAUUACAGACAAACUAAUGGCGUCCUCUUAACCAUGGAACACAAUACCCCUACCUGUGGAUGCAUCCUGACACGAGUGGGUUAACAGUAUUGGGAGGACUCGUUUAAGAAUGUUUCGUUUUCUAUCCAGGUUGUGGUCAUUUAUUAUAUUUUUUAUUCCACCCCUUGUUCCUGUUUCGCUCCCUUGGAAGAUGCAGGUGGGGAGGCUGGUUUCAGCUUGGGGCGGUUACAAACUCCCUACAUAAGCCAUGCAGCUGCUGUGCAGGGUCCCAGCCAUUCGGAUGGCUCAACUGGUGGGUCCCCUGGCCCUCUUGAUAACUAGUACUCCAGUCAAAUGACUAGAUUCAUGCUGCUCAGAGGCUGUUAAGUCCUUGACAUGUUUCAUUUACAAUCAUCUGGAUUAUUUAUUUUAGACUCUUUUAAAGGGCCACAUAGCCCUACAGAUAGAUGAGCUGCUGGGUUGUGUAGAAAAUAUGGUCCAAAUGUUGCCAAAUAUUGACUUCGUAAGGGGGUUAUCAAGCUGCUGUGUAUAAAUCUGAAUGUCUUAAAAGCAUUCCUGCUUGCUCUCUCUGUUGUAGGUGGUGUCUUAGCAAGUCCUGAGUUUUUCCAAUGAACCCGAUUUUAAUAUAUGGUAUUUUUGUAUGCCAAUCUGAUGUCUCGUCCUUUGUAUAUGUGGUAAGGUUGAUUUUAUGACUACUGUUAAAACACAUUUGCUAUGAUUAAAAUUCAUAAAACGAUUGCAAA